AGCUGUCAUUGUUCGUGAAUAAGCUGUUUUCGUGGUUAUUUGGUACAUAGUGAAGGAAGCGGUGUGAUAUUCAACCAUUUAAUAGAUUUUUACGCUAUAUUAUUCGUUCAAAGUGUCUACAAUGGCCUCUGAACGCUACAGUUUUUCACUUACCACUUUCAGCCCAUCCGGAAAAUUAGUACAGAUAGAAUAUGCUCUAGCAGCCGUUUCCGCCGGUGCUCCUUCAGUGGGAAUCAAGGCUUCGAAUGGUGUCGUGAUUGCCACCGAGAAUAAGCAAAAGUCGAUUCUGUACGAUGAACAUAGCGUUCAUAAAGUAGAAAUGGUAACCAACCACAUCGGUAUGAUCUAUUCUGGAAUGGGACCGGACUACCGUUUACUGGUGAAGCAAGCACGCAAACUUGCUCAGAAUUACUAUUUAACUUACCGAGAACCUAUUCCGACGUCGCAGUUAGUUCAAAAGAUAGCCACCGUAAUGCAAGAAUACACUCAGUCUGGUGGCGUUCGACCUUUCGGAGUGUCGCUACUGAUCUGCGGCUGGGACUCUGACCGUCCAUAUCUGUUCCAGUGCGAUCCGUCAGGAGCGUACUUUGCCUGGAAGGCCACCGCCAUGGGUAAAAAUGCUAUCAACGGUAAGACCUUCCUUGAGAAACGCUACAGCGAAGAUCUGGAACUGGAGGAUGCCGUUCAUACUGCUAUUCUGACGUUGAAGGAAGGUUUCGAGGGUCAGAUGAACGCGGACAAUAUCGAGGUAGGCAUCUGUGAUGCCAACGGAUUCCGGCGGUUGGAUCCUGCUGAUGUUAAGGAUUAUUUGGCUAAUAUUCCGUAAGCAUGGGAACCUCAAGGAUGCGCAUUUUUUUCUGGGCGAUAAUUUUGGUAUUCAAUAUAAAAUAUGUCUGAAACUA